AUGACAGACACAGGAGAUUUGUUCGAUUCGGUACCUGGAACGACGUUCUCAGAGGAGCCGCAAGACUUCUGGCCUCAUAUCUUAAUACAUCCAUUGACAGAAGGUACAUCGGAAAAGGUUGGCCACGCCAUGGAUCGGGACUGGAUAGAUCUUGAACGCGUCUUGAAUUGGGUCCGUAGCUGCGAUGCUACCCAUGAUAAAUGCCACCGGCCAUUUGUUAGCUUACACGAGCCAACUAAUGGUCAAGGGAUGUACUUUGUAAGUGUUUCUAAGGGUUGUCUUGUUGAGGCAAAAUUCGGAGAGAAAUACGUUGCUCUUAGCUACGUAUGGGGGACCAUUUCGGGCGUUUUCAAAUGCACGAAAGCAAACAUAAGUUCUCUACGAAGUAUUGGCAGUCUUUGCGAGAACAAUGCCCAUCAAUAUCUCCCGGCCACAAUCCAACGGGCCAUGAAGUUCACUUUGCAGCUAGGCUUCGAUCUCUUAUGGGUAGACUGUCUUUGCAUCGUCCAAGAUGACCCUGUUCAUGCCGCAGCUCAGAUCAACAACAUGGCCAGCAUUUAUUCCAAUGCUUGCCUUACACUAUGUGCGGCCGAUGGGCUCGACGCCAACUCAGGCUUACGUGGUGUGCCAGGAUGCUCACAGCCACGAAGUAUACAACAGGAUAUCCUAGGCUUUGCUGAUGGUCCAGUGACGUCUAAUUGGAUAGUACCUAUGCAUAAAAUGUCGGUCUACGAAGAAAGAGGGUGGACCUUCCAAGAGAAAAUCCUUUCUAGGCGUGUCAUUGCUUUUACAGAGCAUGGUCUUGAAUGGACAUGCCAAGAGGCCCUGGCCGAAGAACAGCACCACCACAUCGAAAAAGUGUCGAGUACCUAUGUUGACCAUAAUAUCGCUCGGGAGACUGCUUCUUGGCCAUGUCUGAAAAAGUGGGAUAACCUUUUGAGGGCUUAUCUUCGCCGCAAGCUUACUUAUGAAGAAGACAUCCUCCGAGCUUUUGGUGGCAUCUCUACUGCGCUCGCGGGCAGCAUGUCGGAAGGAUUUCUCUUUGGCCUGCCUCAGCAAUUUUUUGAUGCAGCAUUGCUCUGGGUACCAACUGAAUAUUUGAAACGGCGUAAAGACACCAGGAAUGGGGUCCCCAGUGCAUUUCCUAGUUGGUCUUGGGCUGGUUGGAAUGGCGCAAUCGAAAAUCAAAUAAAUGCGUUUGGACUUGGGCACGAGCGAUCUAAUCCUAAGCGUGCCUACAAAGCACGUCAACGAGACAUUUUUCCACAGGUGAGUUGGUACAAGACCAAGUUUGAGAUGGGCCAGCCCACGCUGGUCAAGAUCCCAAAUGAUUAUGCCAAAUACCAGAGCGAGGGAUUGCAGGGUAGCCUCGUUCUACCACUUGGCUGGUCCUCGCAUCGAAAUGAAGACGAUAACCCGUUCUACUACAAAUAUGACAAGGCACCCUCUUCGCAGACUUUCUGGUACCCAAUACCUGCGAAUCGAAGCCCUCAGCCUGUGAGCACAGCUUGUUGGAGUUCUUCUAUAUUCUUCAAAAGCUUGCGCAGCUAUCUAAUCUUGGGUAGUGUCCUUCCUCAAAAGGCGAAAGAUGGUGAUGGCAAAUAUCCUCUACACUCGUUAGAAACGAAAGAAGGAGAAUGGGCUGGAGUCAUAUACGUCCAUUAUGACCCAGGUGGUGCCAAGGCAAAGGAAAUCUCGUGUGAGCUAGUGCUUAUAUCUGGCGGAUUUGCUUCUGAGAAUGACGAGGAACAGAGUGGUUGGAUCCCAGAAUGGAACUUCGAAAGAAGACCGCGCUCCAAAUAUAUUUACUACUUCUACCACUGUCUUUGGAUCGAGCGGCAAGGCAAACUCUCUUAUCGGAGAGGCCUAGCUCGCGUAGCCCGGAAGAUGUGGAAUACUCUGUCCAAGGACCAUGUGAGUAUCUUACUUGCCUGA